CGGAAGCAGGAAGGCCAGAGUGCAGCGGCUGGACUCGCUCGGAGGGGCCUCUCGGGUCCAUGUUGGAUCCAGGCGACCAGACCCGCCCAGGCGGUUCAUGGGGUGAGAAGGCGUUCGCGCUGUCGAGAGAGUCACCGCCAAGCUUGGACCGAGGCUGUCGCUAGGGUGGGGAAUGAUACUUGCAGAAAUAGUGUUAUUUUACUCCAGUGCAUGAUUGCAUGGCGUUAUCAGACACCAGGACCUUGAAGAGUCCUUUAAGAAGGAUUCAAUGUUCUAAAUAUUUGCUCUUCUCCGAAAACAUGUUAUCAGAUUUUCUGUUGUGAUUUUUCAUCAGAGGACAUGGAGCUUUCGACUAGUGAACUCAGCAUUUAUGAUAAACUUUCAGAGACUAUUGACUUGGUGAGACAGACAGGUUACCAGUGUGGUAUGUCCGAAAAGGCCAUUGAGAAAUUCAUCAAACAACUCUUAGAAAAAAAUGAACCACAAAGGGGACCACCACGCUUUCCCCUAUUAAUGGUUCUCUAUAAGGGAUUGGUUACUCUGGGAGUAGUUUUACUAACGGCAUAUUUCAUGAUCCAGCCUUAUACACUUUCACCAUCUGAAAACACACUCACCAAAACCCAUCCGUGGGGUUCCCUCUUUUAUCAUAUCCGGUUGCUGCCAUUACCCAUUACCAAGAAAUACAUGCUGGAGAGAUGUCCAGAGUGGUGGAGCUUAGACUGUAGACGGAAUAUGUCUUUACCUGCCAAGUGUUCUUGCUGCUGCUCCAUGAAAACUCUUGUUGCUCCAGUUGAUAUCAGGCAGUUAUCAGGAAAAAACCUGCAAGGGCAGCCUCUCUUGAUCAAGACAGGACAGUAUCGUUCUUAUGCUGAAAUGAAACAUUUUCAGUCCCUCUACCCUGAAUUGACAAAUUUUGUGAUACAAGAGGAGGCAGCUGAGUUAUGGAGCAGCCCGCCCAAGCACCAACCUCCAUUUCCUGUUUUCUGGCAAAACCCUCAGAAUAAAUCUCAGAUUCUGCAAGAGAUUUUUCCCAUCUUCUCUUCGUUGCUGUUUCCAAAGGACAUUUCUCUAAAAAGCUGUUUCCUCAUCCACCAUCCACGGCUUCAAGAUAAGACAUACAGACUGCAGAACACCUUUGUGGUAGGAAGUGGUCGGCUCAACUUAUAUGUUAUUCCAUCUCUCUUGUGCAGAGAACACUGCAAAACAUUGAUGGUAGAGCUGGAAGCUGGAGAUAUUGGUUUUACUAAUGUAGAUUAUUGGGCAACAAGUUUUAACUCCAGAGGAUCUGAACCUGUUGUCGUUUGUGAUGGAUCUGCCGGCUGAAAACUCAAAUGCGCAAGACCUCAAUAUCACAAAAGAUAUGGGGAUGAUACCACUACGGUUCCCAGUGAUAAGUUUUGCCUUCUGAUCUGCAACGAAGAAAACCGUGCACUUUUAAAAGAACAUUUUACUCAAGGCCACUGGCUUACCUUUUCAGGUGUUUUGGUAGAAACUGGGAGAUCUCUUUCUCCUAGCUUUUUGUAGAGUAAUUCUUGAAAACUGAUUCCUGGAUUUUGGGGGGGCGGGGGGGAAGUUCUGUGAAGUUCUUUUGACACUGCAGAAGGAGUUGUCUCAAAAUAUUUCUUUCCAGACAUCCUGGAAGAGGUAACAUCCGAGCUGCUGAUGAAUCAGUCUCUGGAUCAUUGCUUUAAAAGAGAAAACUACUAAAAUAUCGGAUAGGCUGAGAAAUUAAAAAUGCCUCUUGAGAAAAGCAUUUGCUCAGAUUCUUACCCUAUGUUACAGUUUGAAUGCAGGAAUUUGACCGACAGCUGCAUUUUUCUUUCUUUCACUGUAUUGUGAUGACACAUCUUCAGAAUAUUCUUUUCAGUGAAAAAAAAAAUCAUGUCUUUCUACCUAAGAACACAGCAUGACUUUAAUGUAGUCAUCACCAAACUUGUGUGGCUGAGGUGGGGUUUAUAUGCUUGACAGAGAAAGGCAUCCCACAAAUACAUUUUUCCAUCUCUUUUCACGAAUGCUGAAAUAUGUAUUCUUGAUACUUUUCCCUGGACUAAGUCAGUGGAAUGCCAAAUCCAGUUUUCCCCGAAAUGAAUAAUAAGAGCCAAAUUUGUUAGAGCAAUGACUUGGUGAGCAUCCUCUUCUGAAAAUUAAGGCUUUGAAGAGGGCCUGAGUUGGACAUUCUAAAUUAGUUACCAUUUUAAUUUGUUAUCAUGGUUGAAUUGAGCUUGGAAAAGUAUUUCUUGAAAGCAUUUUCUAAAAUUUUGGUUUGAAUGUCUCCAGAUCUUUUUAAAACCAAGGUGGAUAGUGGGCAGAGUUGCAGUGUGGAAUGUUUAAUGUGUCCCAUGAAUGUGUUUGCCAUUCUCUACGAGCAUUAAUUGCAUUUUCUCUUUCAUUAGCAUUGUCAAUGUUUGAUUCUUGAUUGCCUUUCCAGGUUUUUGCCUUUCCUGAUGGUUCUUGUGAACUCAUCUAUCUAACAUCUUUAGAGGGGAUUAUUUUCCAGGGCUGAAAUUGUAGAGGUGUCUCCCUUGAGUGAAUCUUUAGGUUCCUGUUGUGCUAAGAUAAUUUGCAGAUGUGUCAGGCUGAAGUCGGGCCAGCAGUGAGGCUAGUGUGCAUAUUUGUACAAGUUUAUAUGCUUUGGGGGAUUCUUUUAUCAAAAUGUAAUAAAAUGAGAAGCAGAAUUGUAUUAAUUUGUGAAGAAAACAGCUUUAGACAGUGGACUAGAAUAAUUUCUUUGUUUUUAGAAUCUGUGGAUUAAUUAUUAAUCUCUCAGCAGAGUAACAUAGUAACACCUGUCAUCAUGAUGCCAUUUUUGUGGCAUAGUGCAAAUAGAUGUAUUUUGUUUAUUUCCUUCUGUUUCUGACUGCAAACGCAUGACUAAUUGGGGUAUUGAAGGACUAAAUUAUGACAAUGAAAUUAGUCUUUUGGAUGGUUAAAGGAUUUGGGAAUAAAUAAAUGAUAGGACUAUGAAACUUAAACUUUUAGAAGGUGGGAACUUAAUCUUCAUCACUGAUGUUUCGCUGCAUGCUAAGUGUUUUUAUCUUUUUUAAAACAAAUUUCACACAUUAUAAUGUCACUUUAGAUUUGUAUGGAAAAAAAGAAACCUUUGUAAUUUGGGCUAAGUAUUUUGCUAAAGGUGUGCGUGUGUGCGCGCGUGUGUGCAUGUGUGAGAUAAUAGCUAUAGAAGUGGCAAAUGUAUUGUUUGGUUUUUUCAUUAAUAUUUUCUAUAUCAUUUUAUAUGAGAAUAAGCUCAAUUAAGUUUAAUGGCACUUGCUUCUCAGAAGGCAUGUAUAGGUAACGGAUGAAAAAUCUCAUUGUAUAUAAAUAUUCUAAGUGGAAUUUCUUACUUGAUAUUUCUAUACUUUGGGUGGGCUUUUUUUAAAUGAAAAAGCUAGAAGGUUUCUAAAUUCUCUUUCAUUCAUUCUUUUACCAACGUUAAAUAUAGACCUAUCUAUCCAGAGAAUACUGCUCGCUUUGAACCGCAUGUUGGUCAUAUUUUUAAUUUUUAUGCAAAUAAUUUAAAAGAAAAAAAAUCCAAAGCAUUUUGGAUGACAAAGACCACUUUACAAGUUAAAGAAAGUUGUUUCUGCUUUGGUAGUGAAAUAUGUAUAUUUAAUAGAUUUAUGUCAGUGAGGCUCACUGUUUAAUAAUGUGCUGGAAGGCAGGGAAUUGAUGUCAGUCUAAGGGUCCCUAGAUAACAAUUUUUUAAAAGGGCAAAUAUUUCCAUAAAAUGGUUUGGGUUUUUCUCUCUCUCUCAAAUACAAACCAGGAUAUUGUUAGCAUAUUGGACAGAGGGUAAUGUAUCUAUCCUACUUUUGGACUCUGGCUUUCCACGUGCACUGUUGUCUUUGGGUUGGCUUUCAGAUCUGGGUUUAGGAGGUGCUGUGCAUAUGUCCAAGUCUCAUUCCCUCUGGAGUUUACAUCAUUUGUUUUCAAACUUCCAGUACAUUUUCUCCUCCUUUUCUACAAGCUGCAAGGAAUUAAAAGCAGAAGUAAUUGCUCAAGAGGAAUCCGAGUCCAAGUUUCUGCUUUUUAGCUGAUUAAGAGCAUUUACUUAGAUAAGGCUCUCAGUUGUUUCAUUUGGAAUACAUACUACUAUUGGAAGGCAUCAGGCAGGCAAAGACUCUCACAGAGCCUUUGGCAGUGAAUGAAUACAUACAUAUUUGUUGUUGCUAUGUUUUCAGCACUUUUGCCACUCUGUUGCAUGAUAUUGAUAUAUAUAUAUAUAUAUAUUGGCAGAAAAUGCUUUAGAUUUCCUCUCUGAUAUUCACUGUAUAUGUUGGUCAAUCUGCUCUUUGCUUCUUUUGGAGAAACAACUUCACUGCUCUGUUGUGCUGCAGCACUUAUAAAACUUACACAUUACAUCCUGUAGGUAAAGUCCUAAACUAGCAUUGGUAGUUUGUUUCUUGGUUAGGUUCAGUGGCCAAGAUGCAAAUUUUGGUUUGCUUAACUGCAUAGCAGUGAAUGACAUAUUUGUCCUUAGGCAAACAGCGUUGAAUCGAUGAACUGAAGUGAUAUAAUGAGCAGCGUUUACUGAAGCUCACCCAGCCGCCCAUUCACAUCUAUGGAUACUUGGGGGUUCAGAUCACUAUGGUUUUCCUCCUAGAUUUCAGUUUUUAAACCUCAGGACCAAGGUAUAUAUAACAAGGGCAAACAAGCUUUAUAAAAUUUUGUAAACAAUUUCAGGGAAAUCAUACAGGGGUUUCUUUUGCACACAGUAGAAAUUGCAGGUACAGAUAGUCCUUGACUUACAGACACCGCCCCCCCCCUCCAAAAAAGCCUGUAUGUACCCAUUUUUGAAGUUACGAUGGCUGCAUGCACACACACUUUGUGGUCACAUGAUUGCAUCUUGAGCACUUGGCAGCCGGGGUCACCUUUACAGCCAUUUGCAGCAUCUCAAGGUCAUGUGACCACAAUUUGCUAUGGUUUGUUUUUUUUUGCUGGUUUCUGGCUUUUAUUUCCAAUUUCUGAUAAAAGCCACCCAUUGGGGAAAAUUGAUUCACUUAAUGACUGCUGCAUUUGCUUAACGAAUGCUAUGAAAAAUGUCAGAAAAUUGGGUUUCAUCAUGUUGAUGUUUUGAUUUGCGACCUCAGUGACUUUACAUCCGUAAUUCCAGGCUUAAUUAUACUCUUAAGCUGAGGACUGCCUAUAAAUUAUUCAUAUUUAUAGGAGACGUUUGCACUUGAAAAUAAUGGCAAUUUUGAAAUCUAUAACUUUGGCAGAGCCUAUGGUAUAAGUUAGGGCUGCACAGUUAGGCCUCCCUGGAGCCACUGUUUGCCUACAAAGACAAAUCUUCACCAAAAAUUCAGCUACCUUUGAAUGGAAGGCAUUUAUAUCUCAGAAUAUUUCCGGUUUAUUUUGUUUGUUUGUUUGUUUCAUUUAUUUGGGAAAUGUACAGCUUAACAAAGCCUGGAAGGGAUAACUUUUUAAAGAAACAAAAUUAUCUGCUUUUUACUGACUAAGGGAAAUUCUCAAGUUCUUGUUUUAAAAUGUGUUUUAAUAUUAUUUGUCCAUGCACAGCAUAGUGAUAAUGGGUCUCAUUGCUACCAUAUACAGUAUAUUAUAAAGGCGAAGGGUUGCCUGGGAAGUAGUUAUUUGUGUGUGCUUAUUGAAUACCCAUUUGUGUGUGCUUAUUGAAUACCCAUGUAGUCCAAAUUAUGGAACUUUUCAUAUAAAUGAAUGUAAAUAUGCAAUACAUGCAGAGUUUUAUGAACAAUUAUAAAGUAAUAUAUUGCAACUUCUUGUAAAUAUUGGGAAAUGGUUGUAAAGAGUGUACAUAAAUCAGAUUUAUAUGUUGAAAGUAGAGGUCAAUUUUUACUUUUUGCAAUUAAAUAUAAUUGCUGAUGCACUUUGUCCCAUAUGGCUUUUUUCCUUUGUUAAAUAAACAAUGUUCUAUCAAAA